AUUACAUUAUUGAUGCAAUGCUACUAUCAAAAUGCAGCAAUAUUCGAACCAGAGGAAGCUCAAGUCCUGCAGAGCAGUCUCCAGGUGAUGAUAUUAGAUAUCCGAGCUCUAUAUGAACAGCGUAUAGAAGCAUCACACUCGGGGAGACCUGAGGUUGUAUUCACUGAAUACACUGGAUGCCCUGGACGGCCACGUACAGUAAUCAAUCCAGACUUUCUUCACUUUGCCUACCAUCACCGUACAACAACAGGACUUAGUCAUUUUCUUGAUGUGCCUCGUUCAACCGUUCGGCGUUGUCUUUUAGAACAUGGUAUCGCUUCUCCAGGAACCAAUCCAUUCGCCUCAACUGAAUCUUCCAUGAGGGUCGAUAGCACUGUCCAUUCAAGGGAUACAGAUGAGCUGCUUGACCCUGAAGCUCCACUGCCAGUGCAGUUACCAGACGACAUACAUGCGGAAGUAGCUGCAAUACCAUCCACGUCUUUAUCUGAUGGGUAUUCAAGGCUCAUCACAGGACUGCGGGCCAGUAAUAAUAAUCAUGGACAAACUGUUCUGUCGCUUUUCUUGACAGCA